CGAUUGUGCAGCUAGCAUGUUGGGAAUCAAUGAGUACACACUGCGUGUUUGCUAACCUCUGGUGGCGGUUACAUCGACACUGAAAUAAUGUUUCUUACACUGUCGUUAGUGCUAUCUGGCUUCUCCGGGUGGUUAGUUUUGACUUUAUUCGCUGUAGUGGAGAUCAGUGGGAGCUCCUGCGCGGUACUCGUAACUUCAAAGACCACGAAUCGUGAUGCCGUUUCACCGAACCAGUCAUAAUUUAGCCACAUUUUCAAAUCUGAAAUGAUCCCACCGAGUCGUGAUGAAGGAAUUCAGCUAAGCUCAGCUCCAAACACAGAUAUCACAUGGGGUAUGGUCGGCCUGGUGACAGGUGGCGCCUCCGGUCUGGGCCGAGCCACCGUGGAGCGUCUGGUGCAGAACGGAGCGUCUGCUGUGAUCCUGGACCUGCCCUCGUCUGAUGGAGCGGCUCUGGCGGCCAGUCUGGGGGACCGCUGUGCCUUCGCUCCUGCAGAUGUGACGUCGGAGGCUGAUGUGCAGUCGGCGGUGUCUCUGGCCAGAGAGAAGUUCGGGAAGCUGGACCUGGCGGUUAAUUGUGCCGGCAUCGCUGUCGCCUUCAAAACCUACAACUUUAAGAAGGACGUCCCUCACAGCCUGGAGGACUUCCAGCGUGUCAUCAAUGUGAACAUUGCAGGAACCUUCAACGUGAUUCGCCUCGCUGUGGGCGCGAUGGGGAAGAACGAGCCCGACGCAGACGGGCACAGAGGCUGCAUCGUCAACACGGCCAGCGUGGCAGCCUUUGAUGGACAGGUUGGCCAAGCAGCAUAUUCAGCUUCUAAAGGAGGCAUCGUUGGAAUGACCCUCCCCAUAGCACGUGAUCUGGCUCCCAUGGGCAUCAGGGUCGUCACCAUAGCGCCCGGUCUGUUCUCCACUCCUCUCCUGGCUAGCCUCCCUGAGAAGGUGCGCUCCUUUCUUGCCCGCCAGGUGCCCUUCCCGUCACGCCUGGGAGACCCCGCUGAAUUCGCCCACCUGGUGACAUCACUGGCUGAGAACCCCAUGAUUAACGGAGAGGUCAUCAGACUGGACGGAGCCAUUCGCAUGCAGCCCUGAGACAGAUGUGUGUGUGUGUGUGUGUGUGUGUGUAAGACCACAUUAACAACAGGCGUUGAUCAACAAAUUAAGACAACAUUUUAAUGUGUGUGGCUGCGUGGUGUAUUUCUGUUGCCGAAAGCUGCAUACAGUGAAUGUACCGUACCGUACUGUGAUAUCAUGGGAGACUACGUGUGUAAAAAUGGAACUGAAAAUCAGAGCAUCGCAGUACUUUAUGGACUCCACUUUUGUUGUUUUGUAAACAAAUCCAGACUGUAAUAAACCUCACAAACUUUGCUUAUCUA